AUGGCAUUUAACCGCACCGCUCUAUCCAAUUUAUCUCUCGAAGACGAGAGAUAUCUCAACCAACAACUCAGUCCACAGUCUCGCCCCAUGGAGCUGUUCCCCACGACCAAGGCCUCCGACCCUCUGCCCGGCAAUUGGUCCUACGACAGCGCCAUUGACCUCUUCUCCCUGAACCCCGCCGACAUGGACCCGGUCUCCUUCGACUUUGCCGAUAUGACCAGCGCCGACUCGAAGGAUCUAUUCAUGGAUCCCUUCGGUACACCAACUGCCAUUAGCGGAUUCAGCAUGCCCACAGCCGAAGACACCGUCUCGCUCUCUUCAGAUCUCGAUAGCGACGACCAAUCCUGGUCCAUGAGUGCCCGCCCCUCAAUCGAUAUGACCAUGACAUCUCCAACAACCACCUCAAACAAACCAAUUACCCGCGCCUCCACUUCCACCUCCAACACAUCAACAUCAAAAUCAACACGCUGGUCGUCCAGCCCCGAAAUCAAACCCCAAGAAUACAACCCCCCACGUACCGACAAGCGCCGCAAAACCCGCUCCCUCUCCGACGAAUCCACAACCUCCUCUUCCGGCCAAGCCCCAGCGUCAGCCCCACAAGACCCCCAAGGCCGCAACGCCGCCAAACGCGCCGCCCACAAUAUCAUCGAGAAGCGUUACCGCACAAACAUGAACGCUAAGUUCCUGGCUCUGGAGAAAGCUAUCUCCCCAGCUGGAGUGCAAAAGUCUUCCCGUGCAGGCGCGGGCUCGCUCAAAAAGUCGGAGAUCCUGAGUAAUGCACUGGCGUAUAUCGAGCGCAUUCAGCAGGAGAAUCUGGCGGUGCAGAAGGAGUUGGCGUUAUUGAAGCAGGGCAUUGUUCCGGGUGGGAUGUGGAGGAGUUCGAAGCAGGGUCGCUCGUGA